UUCCCCUGAAGUCGAAGGAAUGUAUGCUCAUCCUCGUGACUGCUCCAAAUUUGUAAGUUGUGCUAACUCACAGCCAAGUACAUCAAGUUGUCCACCAAACCUCGUUUUCAAUGCUGCUAAGAAGGUCUGUGACUGGUCUGAAAAUGUGCAGUGCACGUCUACAUGUGAUGCUGCAUGUGUUCUGACAAUUGUGGAGACAGUCACUGAUGCCCCAGUGACCGGAAGUGAAGGUACAGUCGCACCAACAACAGUCGCACCGACAAACCCCCCGCACCGCACCGACAACAGCCGCACCGACAACAGCCGCACCGACAACAGCCGCACCGACAACAGCCGCACCGAAAAACACCCGCCCCGAAAAACAACUGCACCGACAACACCCCCCACCGACAACACCCGCACCGACAAACCCGCAACUGAAUCAAGAACUGGGGACUGGCCUCAGGAUGAAGGUUGCACUGAUGAUGAGGAAGCAUCCUGCACCUUGUCUAAUCCUGCAGCUCCACCAACACUUCCUAAUCCAAAUGAACAAAUCUGUGACUGCGAGUGUUGUCUGAAGCCUCAUCCAGAUGACUGUACAUCAUAUUAUUAUUGUGCAGGGAUGCUCAGUUCCAUGCUGUUCAGAUGGUCUAGUGUCCAUCCUGAAUUCAAGCAAUGCGUCCUUCAAACGCAGUUCCCUCAGUGCCAGCCAGAAGUACCACCAACAUGUGACCCAACUUGCGAGUGUGUUUAUCCAGCUGAAGUCUGUUCAGAGUAUUUCAAAUGUAACAGAGAAGGGAAACCCCAUCAAGCACGAAUGCAUGGAGGCCUUCUCUUCAAUGACAAAAUCCAUAGCUGUGACCUUCCUCAGAACGUAGAGUGUUCUGGAACCCGUCGCAAGAGAAGCCUCACA